CCCAGUACCGGGGAGCCCACUGCUCGGCCAGCGCGCCUGUCUGGGCUCCGUGCGCUCCUGCCUGACCUCUGCCCGUCCCUGCCUUGCCCUCCCGGAGCUGGUGGCAUCCUGCGUGGGACCCCCGCGGCAUGGGGACGGUCAGCGAGCUCUGCGCCUCCAGUUUCCAGGCGUUCCUCUGCCCCUCGGUGGCUGCCAAGGCAGUGCCCAGUGACCUGACGCCAGAGGAGUGCCAGGAGCUGGAGAACAUCCGCCGCCGAAAGCAGGAGCUGCUGGCUGACAUACAGCGCCUCAAGGAUGAGAUAGCAGAAGUGACGAAUGAGAUCGAGAACCUGGGCUCCACGGAGGAGAGGAAAAACAUGCAGAGGAACAAGCAGGUGGCCAUGGGCAGGAAGAAGUUCAACAUGGAUCCCAAGAAGGGCAUCCAGUUCCUGAUUGAGAACGACCUGCUGAAGAACACGUGUGAGGACAUUGCACAGUUCCUGUACAAGGGAGAGGGCCUCAACAAGACAGCCAUCGGCGACUACCUGGGCGAGAGGGAUGAGUUCAACAUCCAAGUCCUGCAUGCCUUCGUGGAGCUGCAUGAAUUCACUGACCUCAACCUUGUGCAGGCCCUGCGGCAGUUCCUGUGGAGCUUCCGGCUGCCGGGGGAGGCACAGAAGAUUGACCGGAUGAUGGAGGCCUUUGCCCAGCGGUACUGCCAGUGCAACCCCGGUGUCUUCCAGUCCACAGACACCUGCUACGUGCUGUCCUUUGCCAUCAUCAUGCUGAACACGAGCCUGCACAAUCCCAACGUGAAGGACAAGCCCACGGCGGAGCGAUUCAUCGCCAUGAACCGCGGCAUCAAUGACGGGGGGGACCUGCCUGAGGAGCUGCUCCAGAACCUGUAUGAGAGCAUCAAGAAUGAGCCCUUCAAAAUCCCUGAGGAUGACGGCAACGACCUCACCCACACCUUCUUCAACCCCGACCGGGAGGGCUGGCUCCUGAAGCUCGGAGGCAGGGUGAAGACGUGGAAGCGGCGCUGGUUCAUCCUGACGGACAACUGCCUUUACUACUUCGAGUACACCACGGAUAAGGAGCCCCGUGGCAUCAUCCCCCUGGAGAACCUGAGCAUCCGCGAGGUGGAGGACUCAAAGAAGCCUAACUGCUUUGAGCUCUACAUCCCUGACAACAAGGACCAGGUGAUCAAGGCCUGCAAGACAGAGGCAGAUGGGCGCGUGGUGGAGGGGAACCACACCGUGUAUCGCAUCUCUGCCCCCACGCCCGAGGAGAAGGAGGAGUGGAUCAAGUGCAUCAAGGCCGCCAUCAGCCGGGACCCCUUCUACGAGAUGCUGGCUGCCAGGAAGAAGAAGGUCUCGUCCACCAAGCGGCACUAGCAGCCAGACUGGCCCUGCAAGGCCAGCCUGAGUGCUCCCCUGUCCUGGGGGCGUGUGGGGUGGGGGCCACGCUGCACGCUGGCCCUUGAGGCCCAGGGCCCAGCUUCAGCUUAGCCAUUUCUUACUGCGGGGGGAGGGAAGGGGCAUGGGCAUCUCAAUGACUCUGCCCCCAUCACUGCCUCAUCACCUGAGAGCGUCCUCAGAGGCUCAGGUUGGAACACAGCCCCCCUGGGAGCCCUGGCCUGAGCACCACGGGCACCCUCCCUGCCUCUGACCCCCAACAAGCCUGCAGCCUCAUGGCACUGGGUCCCCAGCACCCGUGCUCAGACAUUCUUGGGGUGUUGGGCAGGAGGGCGGGCAGCUGUUGGUGAGCAGCUGGUGGUUUUGGGGUGCCACAGGUGCUGGGGUGCAGGUGUCAGCCCUGCAGAGAUACAGCUCCUGGCCCUCGUUGUAGCGGGCCUGGGUCUGUCCUGGGCGUCCCCACGCUGCUGCCUUGGACCCUCCCAGCCCCCCUGCACUGGAGUGGUCCCCAGACACAGGAGGGACGAAGGGCAGGGACGGGUGGCGGGCAGUGGUGCCACGCAGGGCGGGGAUGUGCUCUCACCCAGCUGUGGGAGCCGCGCCUCGCAUGUGGCAGCACUCGGUGGCAUUGCCCCAGCACAUCCCUGUGCCAUGGCCGUGUGCCAGGGUGGCACGGUGCCCUGGUGGAGCCUGCCCUCGGGAUGGCUGCUGCUGGGGGGCUGGCUGUGGCCCCAGCUCUCUCUCUGCCUCACAGUCGCCCGUGUCUUGUCCUGUCCCCAUCCCCACGCACGGUCUGGAGGCGCCUGGAUCAGUAUUAGUCUAUUUAUCAGAGGUGUAAAUACUCCUGUAUAGUUUUCUCCUUGUAGAUUAUUUUGUAUGUGGAUGGUUCAGUGCAGAGGCCUCACAGGAGUGGGGCGGGUGGGCAGGAUUUUUUAUUCUAACCUUUUUUUUCUUUUUUUUUUUUUAAUUUGCCAUGGCCUUGUAAACUAGUGCUGAAGAUCAGCAACAAAUAAAUACUUGCACCACGCUUC